AAACUCUGCGAGGUUCGAGCUCCUCCCAAAGAACACUCUUGCCCCUUCCUGCUCUGCUUUCCUCUCUCCCUUGCCAGGGGAAGGGCGGAGGAUGUCGCUUCUGCUGAAAGAUGGCAGCGGCAAGGAGGAGUCUCCUGCAGAGCGAGCAGCAAACAAGCUGGACAGAUGACUUGCCCCUCUGCCAGCUCUCUGGUGUGGGUUCAGCCCCAAACCGUUCCUACACAACAGAUGGAAAGGGGAUAGAAAUUCACCCCUUGGAGGACAACUGGUUGAAAUUCAGGAGUGAGAACAACUGCUACCUCUAUGGCGUCUUCAAUGGUUACGAUGGCAACCGGAUCACCAACUUUGUAGGGGAGAGGCUCUCUGCAGAGCUUCUACUGGGCCAGCUGAAUGCAGACCACGAUGAUGCUGACGUGCGCAAGGUCCUGCUGCAGGCUUUUGACGUGGUGGAGAGGAGUUUCUUGGAGUCCAUUGAUGAUGCAUUGGCAGAAAAGGCCAGCCUGCAGUCCCAACUGCCAGAGGGAGUCCCCCAUCACCAGCUACCAUCUCAGUACCAGAAAAUCAUGGAGCGGUUGAAGGCUGUAGAAAAGGAAAUCUCUGGAGGAGCCAUGGCUAUUGUGGCUGUCAUUCUUAACAACAAACUCUACAUCGCCAAUGUAGGAACAAACCGGGCCCUCUUGUGCAAAUCUACAGUUGAUGGGCUACAAGUGACACAACUCAACAUGGAUCACACUACAGAGAAUGAGGAUGAGCUAUUCCGUUUUUCCCAGCUGGGUUUGGAUGCUGCGAAGAUAAAGCAAAUAGGUGCCAUCUGCGGGCAGGAGAGCACGCGGCGCAUUGGGGACUACAAAGUCAAAUAUGGUUACAGUGAUAUUGAACUUCUGAGUGCUGCAAAAUCAAAACCGAUCAUAGCAGAGCCUGAAAUCCAUGGAGGGCACCCACUAGAUGGAGUCACAGGCUUUCUUGUUCUAAUGUCUGAAGGACUCUACAAAGCUCUGGAAGCAGCUCAUGGGCCUGGGCAAGCUAAUCAGGAGAUGGCAGCGAUGAUUGCCACAGAAUUUGCCAAGCAGACCUCAUUGGAUUCUGUGGCUCAAGCAGUUGUGGAUCGAGUGAAGCGCAUUCACUGCGACACAUAUGCCAGUGGUGGUGAACGGUCCAGGUUCUGCUCUCGACAUACACUGCUGGUGAGGAACACUGCUGGUGAGGACAUGACACUGCUGGUGAGGAAUUUCGGGUAUCCACUGGGUGAGAUGAGCCAGCCCAUGCUGACCCCAACGCAAGGAGGCCGUGUUUAUCCCGUGUCAGUGCCAUACUCCAGCGCCCAGAACACAAGCAAGACCAGCGUAACGUUAUCCCUUGUCAUGCCUUCCCAAGGCCAGAUGGUCAAUGGUGCCCACAGUAGCUCCACCUUGGAUGAAGCCACACCCACCCUCACUAAUCAAAGCCCAACUGUGACCCUUCAGUCUACCAACACUCACACGCAGAGUAGCAGCUCAAGCUCUGAUGGGGGUUUGUUUCGUUCCCGUCCCUCCCACUCUCUCCAGCCGGAUGAAGAUGGGCGUGUUGAGCCCUACGUGGACUUUGCAGAGUUCUACCGCCUCUGGAAUGUGGACCACAGUGAACAGGGGGUACUCACUGUGUCAUAAUACAAGGAGUUCAGCCUCUGAAGACUCCCAUCAUGGGGAACAAUGGAGCCUGAGGAGAUGGGAACAGUGUCACCUGGCUGGCCACAUUCUUCCAUAAAGCAUGACCCUCUUUUGGGGACAAGACUCAUGUUGAGACAACCUGUCUCAACUGAUUGCUGAUACCGUCUUUCUCAUUUGCUAGGGGCAUGCACACACAUACACUGAACCCUUUUCUAAUUGUCCCUUCCACUGUGAAACCUUGUGGGCAUUAUAGAGGGUUGUGGACCCUUCCUGCACCUCUAGUAUUAUAGACAGUGAACGAUCAGGGCUUGGUUGUGGAAAAGACAAUAACAAAGUGCCCAUAAAGGAACAGACAGCGUGUGCACAUUGCUCUUCAAGAUUUAGGUCCGGAAAGAUGGCAUCUUGUUACUGAUGUUUUAACUCCACAAAAUAUACCUCUGUUCUGCAGAAUAAACUGUAAAUUAUA